AUGGCCUACGGCGCAAAGACUACAGGAUCCGCCAUAGUGGGAGACUAUGCGUCACAAAUCGCAAACAAGACCAUCCUGACGACGGGCGUGUCCCCGACGACGCUGGGCGCCGCCUUUGUGACCACCAUCGCCACGGCGUCCCCGGCGCUGCUCAUCCUGGCGGGCCGCAACCUGGCCAAGGCCGAGGAGACGGCCGAGGCCAUCCGCGCCGUGGCGCCCCAGGUGCCCAUCCGCACCUUGGAGCUGGACCUGGCCGACAAGCAGUCGGUGAGGAAGGCGGCGGCCACGGUGCUGGCGUGGGACGACGUCGCGGGCAUCGACGUCCUGGUGAACAACGCCGCCAUCAUAACCGACGAGUACGGCACCAUAGAGGGCAUCGAGCGGGUGUUUGCCGUCAACCACCUGGGCCCGUUUUUGUUCACCAACCUGGUGCUGCCAAAGGUGCUGGCCGUCAAGGGCCGGGUGGUCAAUGUGGCCAGCGAAGGGCAUCGGUUCAGCAAUGUGCGCUUUAUGGAUUUGAACUUUGAGGACGGCAAAAUAUACAACAAGUGGCGCGCCUACGGACAGAGCAAAACGGCCAACAUGCUCUUCUCGCUGUCGUUGGCCCGCAAGCUGGGCAGCCGUGGACUCGUGGCCAACAGCCCGCACCCAGGAACCAUAAUCACCCCGCUGUCGGAGGGUAUGGACCUUGCCUUGGAGUAUGAACUUACGAGGCCGUACGACCAAUUCGUUGGAUACUACCCCAAGGAGAGAGGGGUGAUCAAGACGCUUGACGAGGGGAUUUCAACGCACAUCUAUGCCGCGUUCGAGCCCAGCUUGAAAGACCACAAUGGCACAUUCCUACUUGACUGCCACGUCGCCGACCCUAAUGUGGACUUUGUGAUGUCUUGGGCGGCCAGCGAGGUUGAGGCGGAGAAGCUGUGGAAGUUGAGCGAGGAGUUGGUUGGAGAAAAGUUUGAGUGGUAA